GAAAAACCGAUAAAUUGUAUUCUUGCCAAUGGGCACAUUGUUAAAUUAAAAAAAAAGCAUUUCAAAGCACCAAAAAGUAUUCGCUUUUUAUUUCUUUUUUCUCUCUCUCUCGCUAGUUUGCAAAGCGUUUUGCAUCCACCAAUGGGCUUUCAGGCUACAGAUAUUGGGAUGUAAAUGAGCGCAGCGCGUGCUGGCGCAGUGAAAGCGUCGGAUUGUUUAUUGAGCCCCGUGCAGCCACGCGCCUGGCCCGCCGAGCCGCAGCUCAAGAAUCCCGCAGCGGGGCGGAGACUCCCACACGAGCGUGCGUCUUUUUAAGGGGGUGGGGUGUCGGACGCGUGUUGAAAAAGGGCCGAGUGCUGCCAAAGUUUGUAUCAGAUCGAGCACUGGUAGGGGGCCAGUAGACACUUGGACAUUUCGACAGUGAGAACUGGCCACACACGCGAAAGGCACGCGAAAGUUUUUCGUAGCCACUUUGUUAUUCUUCUUCAUCAUCUCGGUGGAAACGUUGUAAAGAUCCGUCCUGGCGUACCCCAAGAUCGAGAUGGAGACUACCAGCAGUAUGCCAACGACACAGCUGGCACAGGGUCAGUGCCACCUCGGACGCGCGGAGCGACGGCAAGAGUGCGCACUCUCCAACGCGAGCCAGAGUCAGAGCAGGAGCAAAGUGCUGAAGAGACAGCGCUCCAACUCUCCUGAACUGCUGCGCUGCAAGAGGAGGCUCAGCUUCACCGGCCUGGGCUACAGCAUCCCCCAGCAGCAGCCGGUCGCCGUGGCGCGGCGCAACGAGAGAGAAAGGAACCGAGUCAAACAAGUAAACAUGGGCUUUCAGACCCUGCGUCAGCACGUCCCGAACGGCGCGGCCAACAAAAAGAUGAGCAAAGUAGAAACCUUGAGGUCAGCCGUGGAGUACAUCCGCGCUCUGCAGCAGCUCCUGGACGAGCAUGAUGCCAUUUCGGCCGCGUUUCAGUGCGGCGUCCCCUCUCCAACCCUGUCCAACAGCUACUCCGCGGAUCCAGAGUCGCCACAUUCGUCUUACUCAUCUGACGACGGGACUUACGAGCACCUGAGCUCUGAAGAGCAAGAGCUGCUGGACUUCACCACAUGGUUUAACAGAUACUGAUGAAGUGCAUUGCUCAUCAUCAGAAACUCAAAGCGAACGCACCUGCAUCCGUGGGUUCAAGCGCAAGUCAAGGAUUAAAGCGGUGAAGUUCGGCUCGCCUCGCGCCCUCAAACCAUCGGCGACCGCCCCCGCCUUUCGUUUAAUGAUCGGGGUUGAACGGACUAAAACUGUUUAUAAGUGCAAUUAUGGACUUUUAUGUUGUAUGUCACUUCCUAUCCGUUUCCAGUCUACACCAGCCUGUAGAAGUCAACGGGACUGUUUUGAUUCAAAAGCGCGCUUUCACGCGGCGCCCACGGGAAAAUGCUGCGCAUGCGCAGGCCGAAUGUUGGCAUACUGUUUGAAACGGUUAGCGGCUAGACUUUAGUUCAGAAAUAUCCUGAUAUAUUAUCUAGUGAGUCUCUGCAGAUUUAACUAGUUGCUGACCUGAACUUUUUUUUUUUAAAUGGAAACUUGUACUGUAAGCUGUAUUGUUAAAAAAAUGAAGAUUUAUUUUUGUAUGCCGAGCAAAACAAAACAAAACAAACAAAAACAUUGUACACUGCCUCUCAGUGAGAACGGCCAUGUUGUAAAUGAACUAGUUGGAAGAUUCGAUGUUGCUCUUAACACUGAAUAGAACAUGCCAUAGAACACAUUACUGAUUAGACAUGAUGCUCCUUGCCAAUGGGCAUGGUGUAUGAAAAUAUUUUACAAUAUAUGCACUUGUUCUCUCUUUCUGUAGACUAAGUAUAUGUACAUAUAUGUGAUUUAACAGAUAUGCUGUAUUUUGUGUAAAAUGUUUUUUUUUAUAUAUAUAUAAAAUAAAUUCAUUCUAUUUAUACAUAA